CCCCGGUGCCCCCCCAGGUUCCAGCUGCACGUGUGGGACGUGGGCGGGCAGAGCUCCCUGCGCUCCUACUGGCGCAACUACUUCGAGAGCACCGACGGGCUCGUCUGGGUGGUCGACAGCAGCGACCGGCAGCGGCUGCAGGUCUGCGCCGCCGAGCUGCGCGCCCUGCUCCGCGAGGAGCGCCUGGCCGGGGCCACCCUGCUCGUGUUCGCCAACAAACAGGACCUGCCCGGGGCGCUGCCGGCCGGGGCCAUCAGACAG